UUGGGCCACCAUUCAACAGCGAGCGGCGAAAAAGAACGCAUGUGCAGACACCAGAGCGGAUACGCAACGUGAACGAAAAAUAGAAGAAACUAUCCAAGCAGCAAGUACCCUUAUCAUCCCGGUUAGGAAUCCGUGAUUCAGUGAAUCAAAGACAUCGUCAUUAGGGCAGCCAAUUAGACAAAUCUGUGAUUGUGAUAAUGCUUAAAGGUGUUCCCACGCUAGCCGGUCGUAACCUGCGCCUUCUGACGGGACACGGACAGGUACUGUUGGCCUGUCGCUCGAAGGCCUCCGCCGCCGAGCUGGCCGAGGAUCCGACGUUGUUGGCUCUGGACCAGGAACCCAAUCUCUUGAAGCGCGCCAAGUACGGACACACGGGCAAACAGCUGCAGCAGAAAAUUGCCAGCGAGAAUAAACUGCGCGCUCCCCCGCUAUUGAAUUUGGUUUUUGCCAAUCGCAAGUUAUCCUUCUAUGAUACCAGCUCUGGACCCAAGAGCCACAAUGACGAGAAUGCAAAACUCCAUCGCGAACAGGAGCAACGGAAUGCCGAGGACGUUCUUUUCGAUAUGUUCGCCAGCGAGGAGACGGGCCUCAUAUCGAUGGGAAAGUUCCUGGCCGGGCUGAAGACCACUGGCAUUCGUAGGAAUGAUCCUCGAGUGCGAGAACUGAUGGAUAAUCUGAAGAAAGUUCAUAAACUGAACAACUACGAGACGGGUUCCUCUGCGGAAACCCAGCAUCUGAAUCGGGAGACUUUCAAGGCUGUGGUGGCUCCAAAUAUCGUCCUUAUAGCCAAGGCUUUCCGACAGCAGUUUAUCAUUCCCGACUUUUCGAGUUUCGUCAAGGACAUUGAGGAGAUCUACUGUCGGUGCAAGAGCAAUACCUUGGGAAAAUUGGCGGAUUAUAUACCACAGCUGGCCCGAUACAGUCCUGACUUCUGGGGCGUCAGCAUCUGCACAGUGGAUGGCCAGCGGUACUCCAUUGGUGAUGUGGAGGAGCCCUUUACCCUCCAGAGUUGCAGCAAGCCCCUGACCUAUGCCAUUGCGUUGGAGAAGCUGGGCCCCAAGGUGGUGCACUCGUAUGUUGGCCAGGAGCCAAGUGGCAGGAACUUUAAUGAACUGGUCCUGGAUCAAAAUAAGAAACCCCACAACCCGAUGAUCAAUGCAGGUGCCAUACUCACUUGCUCCCUGAUGAAUGCUCUCGUCAAACCUGACAUGACCUCGGCGGAGAUCUUCGACUAUACCAUGUCCUGGUUCAAGCGCCUCUCCGGUGGCGAGUAUAUUGGCUUCAACAAUGCCGUAUUCCUGUCGGAGCGCGAGGCUGCCGACAGAAACUAUGCCCUGGGCUUCUAUAUGAGGGAGAACAAGUGCUUCCCCAAGCGCACUAACCUCAAGGAAGUGAUGGACUACUACUUCCAGUGCUGCUCCAUGGAGACCAACUGCGAGGCCAUGUCGGUGAUAGCCGCCAGCUUGGCUAACGGUGGCAUCUGCCCCACCACCGAGGAGAAGGUCUUCCGCCCGGAAGUCAUACGGGAUGUACUCUCCAUCAUGCACUCCUGCGGCACCUACGACUACUCCGGUCAGUUCGCCUUCAAGGUGGGUCUGCCGGCCAAGUCAGGUGUCAGCGGCGGCAUGAUGCUGGUCAUCCCCAAUGUGAUGGGCAUCUUCGCCUGGUCGCCGCCUCUGGAUCAUCUCGGCAACACUGUGCGAGGAUUGCAGUUCUGUGAGGAACUGAUCAACAUGUUCAACUUCCAUCGCUACGAUAACCUGAAGCAUCUGUCCAGCAAGAAGGAUCCCCGCAAGCACCGCUACGAAACCAAGGGCCUGUCCAUUGUGAAUCUUCUGUUCUCGGCAGCAAGCGGAGAUGUGACUGCCCUGAGGCGCCAUCGCCUCUCGGGAAUGGACAUCACCCUGGCCGACUACGACGGACGCACAGCCCUCCAUCUUGCCGCAUCCGAGGGGCAUCUGGAGUGCGUCAAGUUCCUGCUGGAGCAGUGCCAUGUGCCGCAUAAUCCCAAGGAUCGUUGGGGCAACCUGCCAGUCGACGAGGCCGAGAACUUUGGCCACACCCACGUGGUGGAGUUCCUGCGCUCCUGGGCCGAGAAGGCGGACGUCGCCAGCGAGGAGUGCAAGACCGAGGCGGUCACCACCAAGACGCAAGCAGAUGAGGUCAGUUCAAGUUUAAAAUGUGAUCAAGAGUCAGGACCAGUUGUCAAGACCAAUCCCACGAAUUCAAGUCCAAGUGCGUCUGAUGAAAAACACAAAUCGAACUUUGCUUUUCAGGAAAUUGUCAGCACCAGCGACCUGGAGACCAGCCCGGCCACCAGCCCCAUUCCCACGCCCGUCGAAUCGGGCACGCCAGCAGGAUCUGGCCGCUCCAGCCCGGUGCCUUCGGAUGCGGGCAGUACUGCUAGCGCCGGCAGCGGAAGCAGCAGAGAGGACAAGACCAAGCCAGGACUAUAAGCAGCAAGAUGAGCAGCCGGAGCAGCCGUUGCCGCCAUGUAGAAUCUCGCCUCCCUCUAUCCGCCUAAAUUAUUCGCACAAAACCUUAGGAAAUACGGUAUUAGAUUAAAAAAUAAGAUUAUGCCCUAUCCAAAAAAAUACCCAGUUCCUCGCACUGGUCACUUAGUCUUUCGUCCUUUGAUCAGGACGUACUUGUAGUGCUUAGUUAGCCACAUCUAUUCCAGGGUAUUCUUCGAAACAAUGACAAUAAUCUUAACAAAUAUCGACUAACCCACUUGGAAUUAGGGUCUGUGACCCGUCUUAAUUGUAUUUUGCAUUCAAAUCUGUCAAUUGAUAUUUGUAUGUAUGUGUUUAUAUGUAUAUGUAUGUGUGUUUCUAUACAUGUAUUGAUUAUCCUGUUCCAAUAAGCCAGGCCAUGUUUAGGCGAUCUGGUCAUUUAAUAUACAUCAUAUAUAGUUAGCUGAUCGAAAAUAAAUAUAAUAGUUUUAUCACA